AUGACGAUAAUUAUUCAUGAUAAGAUUUCAGAGGAGCCAGAAAUAGAUUGUGGUCAUAGCGCAAUAAUGAUAAAAGUUAAAACUUCAAGACAAAAGCCAUCAUAUAUAUUCGCUAAGGGUUAUUUUCGAAAGGAGGGGUGCAUAUUUAAUAAUACCGAUACAGCCAACUUCACUCUAGAGCAGUGUAACAUCAAUAAAAAACGACAGAUAAAUCCACGAGGAAUGGCCUAUUCAAUGACAGUUAUUGUCCAGCUUCAUCCAUUAUUUAUAACAAAAGUGGACCGAGCGUACAAUAUUCGUUGUUUUUAUAUGGAAGCGAAUAAAAUCGUUGAUGCCGAACUUGAUGUCAGUGAACUAACGACUUCGAUUUUGGACUCUGGUCAUGUCAUGCCACAAUGUUCAUAUACGCUGCAUCGAGAUUCUGCAAAUGGCCCUAUCCUGCGGUAUGCUCGAGUUGGCGAUAUUAUAUAUCAUGUUUGGGAUUGCCCAUCAGAUGUAUAUGUUAUGCUCGUGCACAGUUGUUUUAUUCUCGAUGGUCAAGGCGGGGAGCACAAAGUUAUCGACUCUUAUGGGUCUAUUAAUCUUCCUCUAUUUUGUUUAUUCUGCUAG